UAUAAAUAGUUUGCUACAGACGGAACAGCAUCAGAUCUCUCUGGAAAUAACUGUCAUCAUGAACGCAAAGGUUCUCCUCCUGGUGUGUCUUGCAGCCGUUGUUGCUGCGGACAGUUUUGAAUCUGCUGAAUCAGGUGAAUACAACUUCAACUGGGCCGUCAAACACGACGACUCCGGCAACGACUUCGGACACCAGGAAGCCCGCAAUGGAGACAACACUCAGGGAUCCUACUACGUGCAGCUCCCCGACGGCCGCCUGCAGACCGUCAGGUACGUCGUGGACGGCGACGACGGCUACGUGGCCGAGGUCAGCUACGAGGGCGAGGCUCGUUACCCCGACUCCAAUGAAUCAAAGUGAAGAGAACGUGUUGGCCUCCACGUGAAAUGAAACGACUAGAAACGCAUUAUAUUUAAUAGUCUAAUGUUGAUUAGCAAUUUGAUUACUGUCCAGUUCUAAGCUAGAAUUGUCUGGCAUAAUAUUGUAAUUCUUUAUUCUUUAUUCAAGGAAACUGAAUGCUGAGAAAAAUGCCUUAUUUAUUGUUGCUUAGAAAUAAAUUAUCUACAUAUCAGAAAGAGA